UAUUGGUUCAGAAUAAUAACAAUUGUACCAAAGAACAAAGAUGCUGCACAGAUCCAAUAAUUCAGACCUAUUUACUUUUUUAAUAUAUGCUUUACCCCUUUGUAAUCGCCAGUUUUUUACUGUAAUCGCCAUUUUACCCCUCUGUUGAUCGACAACCUGCACGGCCUCCCUUCUUCCUCAACACCUACAGCGUUAACCCGUCAACACCUAAUCAGCAACUAGCCGAUGCAAAAGGAUCACUGCAAUUUCCUUUGCCAUGCAAAGAAUUCUUUGUCACGCGCUCAAAAAAAGAAGAAGAAAGCUAAACAAGGAGGAAGGCAGCUUCCCGAAGAAACCUCCCCUUCCGCCGCCGCCCGAUCCCCAUCGCCGCCGUCCUCUCGCUGGUUCCAUCGAGAAAGAGGAAUUUCGGUUCCGGGAUCUCGAUUCUCGUCUCUCCGCGUUGUUAAGUCGCAAGUUGCAUGGUUACUUGUGGCAUCAUUAUAGCUCGCACCGAUAAGUAAUGGUUCAUCAGAAAUUGCGUCGAACAAGCUUCCUGUUGAAGUCUUACACGGCACCGAGUUCUCAUUAGGCAGCAUGUUGGCAUAUUUCUGAGAGCUACCAAGGCUAGAUCCAUCGAUCCUUCCUACUUCCCUCAGCCCCAACUCUCCAUUCCGAAAAUCAUUCCAUGGCAGAUCCAUGGAGAAUUGCAGGGAUGACCUGGAGCUUGACGGCAAUAGGUUGGCUGCUGUCACCCAUCUUCGUCUUCCUCGUGAACAAGUUCUUUUCCUACCUCAGCGUUGACGUAUCACGGAAGCUCCGGGAGCUGGAGAUCCACACUAUCCCAGCACUGAAGCAGACGCUGAGCCGUGCAACGGAGCGGAAGGUGCUGAAAGCAGCGGACGACGGGGGGAGUGAAUAUGAUUUGAAGAUACUCGACAAACUGACCAAGGAUCUCAGGUCUGCCUUGUAUGAAGCGGAAGACAUCCUGGACCUUAUCGAUUAUCACAAGAUCGAGAAGGAAGUUAUAAGGGGCUACCAGCUGGGUGCAGCAAUUAGCGCUUUCAUUGGCCGCUGCAGGGCGUCCUGGUUUGGACGACGCGUAGACUCCACCCAGCAAUUAGCGCAGAGAUGGUACCGGAGAAUUGCAGAGAUGGUACCGGAGAAUUUCAGAGGUGCCAGUGCGCCACUACCGAUUUCCGGCGGCGCAACCUCCAUUUCCGGAGUCCAGAGGCUCCGUGGCUGGUGCAGGCACCUCGACAUCAGUAACUAUUGGCAAUCCAUACGCAGCUGGUUAGCCAAUGCGUAUACGGUUGCCCGUUCUUACCGGGACUGGUCAUAUCAAGUGGUUGGCAUCGAAGUUAACAAGAAGGACGGCAUUGGAUUAGAUUUUUCCCUGCUUACUAUUGAUGGAAAGAGCUUGAGGAAAAGAAUAGAGGACAUAGAACAUAUGGUCACUGACUCGAAGAAAUCACAUCUAUUAUUGAAUCAGCAAAGCAGCAGCAACGAACUUUCUGACAAGGAUACUGACAAGGAAAGUCGCAGCAAACAGAAGGAUAUAGACGACUUGGACAGAAUAAAUGAACGGAAGGUAUUUGGUCGAGAGAAGGAACGUGAGCGUAUAUGUAGUAUGCUUCGUAAGGGCCCAGAUGCUUCCCGUUCCAGUAGACCAUAUUCUGUGGUUGGCAUAUAUGGCAUUUCAGGUUACGGGAAGAGUACCCUGGCGCAAUAUGUUUGUGACCAUGAAAAAUAUCAAGAAGACAAACAUUUUGAUCCUGUCAUCUUCAUUCAAGUGUCUAAGACUUUCGAACUGGAUGAUAUAAUACGUGAUAUGUUGAAGCAGAUGACGCAAGACCAGCCCUCGCAAGACCAACCCUCCAAUACCAAAAGUCUAUGCAAUGAGUUGAAGAAAAAAUUGGAAGGCAGACGUUUCUUGUUAGUACUGGAUGAUCUCUGGGUCAAUAAGGAUAAUGAAAAGGAACGGCGCAUUCUACUUCGCACACUCGAUGCUGGGAAGAGUGGAAGCGGAAUCCUGGUGACAGCUCAAAGGAAAGAUGCAGUUAUAGCUCUAGGUGCUGAGAAACCUAUUAAAAUACCUAAAUUGGAUGCAGAUGAGUACUUUUCAAUGUUCAUGCACUAUGCAGGCAAAAGUGAUGAUUCUGCAUAUGGAAGGAUUGGGAGAGAGAUUGCGGAAAAGCUUCACAAAUCGCCUCUUGCAGCAGAAACAGUGGCAAGACGGCUUGGGAUGAACCCAGAUAUCGAGUUCUGGAGAACAACAGCGAACCUUGACGUGUUGAAUGAGACCAUUGGAGCUCUUUGGUGGAGCUAUCAGCAACUUGGUGCGGACAUCAGGCGAUGCUUUGAAUACUGCAGCACUUUCCCCAGAGGAUACAAGUUGAAACCACGUAAGUUGGUUCGCAUGUGGAUAGCACAAGGGUUUGUAAAGACAAGUAGUAAUGCAACAGAGGACAUGGAAGAUAUAGGCCAGUCCUACAUUCACGAGUUACGGAAUUGCUCAUUUCUUAAAGUAAAAAGAACCGGUGUUGUUACAAUUCAUGAUAUGCUGCACGAGUUAGCAGAGAGGGUUACUGGAAGUGAAUUUUUUAGGAUUGACGUGAAUGGCUCGACAAAAGAUAUUCCACCAGAUGUUCGCCACCUUUUCAUUGAGACAUAUAAUAGAGCAGAGAUCACGGAGAAAAUUUUGGAAUUGGAAAAUCUGCGCACUUUGAUCAUUGAGGAGAAGUACAAGUCGAAUAAGGAGAAGUACAAGGGGAAUAGUAUGGGCGUCGAGGAAAGGCACGACCUGAUUAAGGAAAAAGUCUUUGUGGGUAUGUUCAAGAAGCUGAGGAAACUGCGGGUGCUGAGAGUACGAGUAAAAUGCAACAAAGAUAUAGUGUUCUCUGUCCCAGAAUCAAUUGGCCAGAUGAAGCAUCUACGUUAUCUUGGUUUUCAUACGACCUAUAAUUCGCCCUUGGUGCUGGUACUUCCAAGCAUAUUGAGCAAGCUUUACCAUAUGCAGAUCCUAGAGGUACGAAAAUGCAAAUUAUCUUGUGCUGAAGAUCUGACAAACCUCACCCAUUUGCGGCAAAUCCCUGGAAAUCUUCUUCCCAACAUUGGCAAGCUGACGUCACUCCAAACGAUACCAGUGUUCAGAACAAGGAAGGAACCAGCUGGGUACGAGUUGAAGCAGCUGAAGCACCUGAACAAGCUUCGAGGCAUCCUGCGUAUCAAAGGUCUUGAAACUGUUGAAAGCAAAGAGGAGGCUCUUGAAGCCAACGUAUCUGGCAAGAAGCGGAUCACAACACUGGAACUUUACUUUGGAAACGUAGCGGAAGAAAAAAAAGUCGUCCAAUCACAGGUUCUCGAGGGCCUUUGCCCACCGAACCAACUUGAAGAGCUGACUAUCUGGGACUACGGCGGUAACGGGUAUCCUAGUUGGAUGUUGGGGGGUCAUCACAGCGGCCUAAAUAACAUACACCGACUUGAGCUCUUUAGAUGCAGCAGCCAAUUGGAAUCUAUUCCUGAAUGUAGUGCGUUCUUCCAACGCCUGCGUUCCUUCUGCGUUUUUAAGUGCGGUUGGGACGCCUUGCCUGAUCAUCUAGAGCGCCUCACGUCGCUCCAGGAAUUGGUAAUCAUUGUUUGUCCUAAUAUCAAGGUCCUUCCGACACUGCCUCAGUCUCUUAAGCACAUUCGACUCGUUGACGGUGGUGACGACCUGGAGAGGUUCUGUAAGCAAAAAUGGCAGUUGAAAAAUAUCACGACCGUUAUGGACAUAUGGUUGUGAAUUGUGAUACGUUAGUGUAGAUGGGUGCUUUUCUUUCUUCUUUGCUUAUUUGGAAAGACGAUGGCACGUCUUUCGUUGUGUGUAUCUUAUAAUUACUAGAAUGAUUUGUUGUCGUGAUCCAUGAACCAAACAGAUAAUACUAUACUAUGUGUAUCGCGAACUAACUCUAGGUCAAUAAUGUCACGAAUGCAAAUUUGCAUGC